UGUCGACAUCGUCGGCGUUGCAAUCCGUUCGUUUCCCGAUCCGAUCCGAUCCGAUCCAACCUUCUCCUUCCCGUCCUUCUCUCUCCUCUCUUCUUCGCGGUGCCGCUGCGCUGGAAGGCAAGAGAGGGGGGAGGGUUUCUCUUUGAGGGAGGCCGAUAGAUUAAGACAGAGAAGGGAAGAGCGGGGGAGGGAACAAUGCAUAUGAUGCGGCGGCUGAAGAGCAUUACGUCGGGGCGGCCAUCGUCCUCGGACCCUGAAAAUAUCAUGACGUGAUGGCCACGAUGAUUAAAUAGCUGCGUUGCCAACGUUGAAUGCUUUUAUGCAUGUGGCUUUACCCGGUCAAGGACAAGUAUCUGUUUCUGGGCUAAAUUGGAACACGUUGGUUGGGUUCAAUGUGACAUUUUGAAAUCCUUAAUUGUAACUCAAGACCUUCUGUUUGUCAAGAUUGGCAGAGUGAAUGCAAAUGUUUCUUUUGUUGAGGUGGUUUCCUCUGCUUUAUUGAUGUUGGGGCGGGGACUAUGGAACCAAAAAGACAAAGGUUGAUCAAGAUGGAGGAGGCAAAAUCCUCGUGGAACCACAUAUGAGUGAAAAAAAAUCUAUUGAAUUAGAUCAUUGUUCAGCUUUGAAUCAAAUGAAUUUUGAUGCAAGCUCAUCGAGUUCUGAUCCUCCUAUGAAAAUUCAAGAAGCAACUGUUGAUCAGCUCCCAAAGGAAAUGAAUGAUAUGACAAUCAAAGUUGAUAAAGUUAAUGACCAUGAUGAGAAGGAAAAUGAUGGGAUUAUGGUAAAUGGAAAUGGAACUGAGACUGGUCAGACAAUUGUAAUAACAAUUGGUGGUCGAAAUGGUCAGCCAAAACAGACAAUAUCAUACAUGGCAGAGCGUGUGGUUGGCACUGGUUCGUUUGGUAUGGUUUUUCAGGCUAAGCUUGUGGAAACAGGGGAAGCAGUUGCAAUUAAGAAGGUUCUACAGGAUAAAAGAUACAAGAACAGGGAACUCCAAAUUAUGCAACUACUUAAACAUCCAAAUGUAGUUGAGCUGAAGCACCAUUUCUUUUCAACCACUGACAAAGAUGAGCUAUACCUCAACCUUGUACUUGAAUAUGUUCCUGAAACAGUUUAUCGUGUUGCAAAGUAUUAUAGCCGGAUGAACCAUCAUAUGCCUCUUAUUUUUGUUCAAUUGUAUACCUACCAGAUUUGUCGUGCUCUUUCUUAUAUCCAUCGUGUCCUAGGGGUGUGCCAUCGUGACAUCAAGCCACAAAAUAUACUGGUGAAUCCUCAGACUCAUCAAGUAAAGCUUUGUGAUUUUGGUAGUGCCAAGAAGUUGGUUCCAGGGGAGCCUAACAUAUCUUACAUUUGUUCACGGUACUAUAGAGCUCCCGAGCUUAUUUUUGGAGCUACAGAAUACACCACUGCUAUUGACAUGUGGUCUACUGGUUGUGUUUUAGCCGAGUUUCUCAUAGGGAAGCCUCUGUUUCCUGGGGAAAGCGGUGCCAAUCAACUUGUGGAGAUUCUCAAGGUAUUAGGUACCCCGACACGAGAAGAAAUUAAGUGCAUGAAUCCAAGUUAUACUGAGUUUAAAUUUCCCCAGAUAAAAGCCCAUCCAUGGCACAAGCUUUUUCAUAAACGAAUGCCCCCUGAAGCUGUUGAUCUUGUGUCAAGGUUACUCCAGUAUUCACCAAAUUUGCGCUGCACUGCUUUGGAGGCAUGUGCCCACCCAUUUUUUGAUGAGUUGAGGGACCCUAAUGCACGUCUGCCAAAUGGGCAGCCGCUUCCUCCUCUGUUUAAUUUCACAGCUCAAGAGAUUGAAGGUGUUUCUCCUGAACUAAUUCACCGCCUCCUCCCUGUGCACAUCAAGAGAAUGAUGUAGACUGGAAGCUAAGUCUUGUAGACGUUAAGCAUUUGUACAAGAAAAAGGGCAUAGUUGAAGAGAAAUCAAGAAAUUUGGUAGUGAAUAUCAAAAUGGUUUCAAUGACAAGAAUUUUGUAUUCUCUAUUGUGCAUCAAAUGUUUCAUAUGGAAGCCACGCAUCAGCCCGUUCUGGCUUAUCGUCAUACAAGGUUUCUUUUGAUGCUAGUCUGCAGUUGAAAAUUUGUUUGUAUGUAGUAGCAAAUAAUUCUCAUGAUGAUUUCUUAAGUAAAGAUCAUUUUUUUUCCUA